CGUUUUCUUGCUUUAAUUUUUCGAGAGUUUGGGAUAGUCAGCAAAGGAGACCAGCAGGUCAAGAAUCUACAGACCCGUACAUGAUGCAGUGCUCGCUUUGCCGAGGCCAGCGACGAUGCAGCGAGGAGCUCUACAGGCUAUCAAAUUGGCGGGGAUCGAGUCUCGAAGGAAACUGCGCCGCUAGGGCAUGCAUCAAUGUUGGCGCCUUGGGCGUUGGGUACACAUUCCGCAAGAGGCCACUUUGCCGUGCAACUCCUGAUAUCACUUCAACUUUACGGAGACCUUGCCGCGUUGGUCAAAUGGGCUUCCCAACUUGUGGCCCAAGCCGAGUGAUCGUUUUGAAUCCUAGUGGUCUCACUUCUUGGCGACAGUGACAAGUUGCGACUGGCAGCAAAAUGCCGCGAUAAAAAACGAUGUAAUUGCUGCAUGCCACACAAGGAUAUGUUCUAGAGUACCUAGCAUGUCAUUGACACUAGCGCUGGCACUCGCCAUAUGCGCCAACGCCAGCAAAACUCACUGCUCUUCCAACAUGCUUCUUGAAGUUGUGGCUUUUUGACAAGCAUCGAGGAGAUUCUAACGUGUUAUUUAGUACGGAGUAUCGUAUUCGCUCAGUUUUUGUCCGUCUUUUGAGCGGCAGGGGUGUCACAAUCAAAAGCGCGCGAGCCUCCAGCCAGCAACGAUGACGACCGACGAGCCGCAGAAGCCCGAGACGGAGCUCACCGUGGAUGCGCAAGCCGAGACGACCAACCAGGCGCCAGUCUCUGGGUCCUCGGCCGCGUCUACGAGUCUGGGCGGCCGUGUGCGCAAGGCCACACAAACGUUCACCUUCACGCAAGCCAAAAGUGACGAGCCCGAGGAGUUUUCGCCUCCCGUGGGCAAGGGCGUCAAAGUGCGCGAUAUGGAGUUUGUCAGAAGCAACGUAAGGCAACGGAAUUUGCAGUGUUUUUUCAGUCUAUUUUACGUGCUUUAACGAUAUGUUUGGUUGGUUGCGGCAGGUCGAGGCUCUGGGCAAGAAGCAGCACGACAUGAUCAAGCAGCUCUACAGCAUCAUGUACGGCCGUCGUUUCCAGCAGAAGAAUGUGAAAGUGAUUAAGGAGCACAUUCUGGACUUCUCGGGCAUCACCGAGCAGGACGAGAAGUCGCGCGAGCAGCUUGUUGCCAAGAUGGGCAAGUGGAAACUCAUUUUCGUUCACGAAGUGAUGGAUCUGCUGGCGGUGGAUCGGUCCAAGAAGUCUUUUGAUGAGGAAGGAAAGCCUCACAACAAGGAAGCGCUGCUUGACCGAUUGGUUGAUUGGUUGUUUAACCCGCAGGUGACGAAGCUUGGUGAAAAGAAGGCUGCGAUUGCUUCGAGGAAGGAGAAGCAGAAAGCGAACAAGCGGGCGAAAAAGACCAAGAACGCCAAGAAGAGCGAAAGCGAGCCAGCGAAGAAAAAGCGGAAAACUACCAAGAAGAAGGCGGUUGCAGCUGACGACGAGGAAGAGGAGGAAGACGACCGCGAAGUCACCGAGUCUGAAGGUGACGAAUCAUCCAGCGACUUUGAAGAAGCGAAGAAGCCCACUAAGAAGAGGAAAGUCACUCGUCGACCGAAGAAGUCGCGCGUCGUAGAAAGUGACAACGAGGACGACGAAGCGGAAAAGGACGAGGCACAGCCUGCUGCCGAGCAGGGGGAGGUCAAUGCUGCUGAUAAGGAAGAGUCGAAGCCUGAGACGGAGGCCCUGGACGCCGAUGUCUGCAGCAAGGUCAGGAACAUCAUUGCCCACGGCAACGCUGAAGAGCUCACGGUCAAGAAGAUUGUACGGCAGCUGAGUGCGGACUUGGGUCGAGACAUGUCCUCGCAGAAGAAGGCUAUCAAGGAGUUCAUCACGAACGACCAGGCGGAGAUCUAGUUGCUCUGCCAACCUUUGCACAUGUCAACAAGUUGCGGUCUUUUGUUGUCUUU